CGGGUGCUCCUCCCCAGAGGCAGCAGGGCUGGGGCACGGGGGGGAUCCUGGGGCUGGGACCUGCUGGCUCUGGGUGACGAGGACGAGGAGAGGUGGCUUGGCAGUGGUGGAGGUGGCUCUGAUCCAUCGGGGGAUAACCCAGCACAAAGCCUGACGCAGGCUCCAUGGACGGGGCGCCGCCGCCCGCCCGCCCCGCCGGGCUCUCGGCGUUCGUGGCCGUGUCGCAGCUGCUCGGCCUGACCCUCCUGGCCACCACGGGCGCCUGGCUGGGCCGGUACCGGGGCGGCGUGGCCUGGCACAGCCCCCUGCAGUUCAACGCCCACCCCCUGUGCAUGGUGCUGGGCAUGGUGUUCCUGCAAGGUGACGCUCUCCUGGUGUACCGGGUGUUCAGGCACGAAGCCAAGCGCUCCACCAAGGCCCUGCACGCGGUGCUGCACGGCCUGGCCCUGCUCAUCGCCCUCGUGGGCAUCAUCGCCGUCUUCGAGUCCCACCGGGCCAAGGGCACCCCUGACAUGUACAGCCUGCACUCCUGGUGUGGGAUGGCCGCCUUCGUGCUCUACCUCCUGCAGUGGCUCUUGGGCUGCGGUUUCUUCCUGUUCCCCGGUGCCUCCUUCUCGCUGCGAGGCCGGUACAAGCCCCAGCACAUCUUCUGUGGCAUCGCCCUCUUCAUCCUCUCCAUCGCCUCCUGCUUGCUGGGCAUCACUGAGAUGCUCCUCUUCAAAAUCAGCGACUCCUACAGCCACUUUGUGCCCGAGGGCGUCCUGGCCAACACCCUGGGGGUGAUGUUGGUGGCCUUCGGGCUGGUGGUGGGCUACGUGGUGACACGGGAGGAGUGGAAGCGCCCGCCGCUGGCCGAGGAGCUGGCCCUCUCCAUGGACUUCAAGACCCUGACGGAGGGAGAGAGCCCAGGUGGUGGCAACCAGUGACACCCCCAGCUCCCUGAUCCCUGGCACGGGCUCCUCAUGGUGUCAGGGUGAUGAGGACAGCUGGGGAAGGACACGCUCUUGGUGCAAUGCUGCCCACUGGACUCAGCCUUGCUUGGCCUUAAUCCUCCUCAGCUCUGCCCUGCGCAGCCCCCGGUGCCCCCCGAGCCUGCCCCAGCCCUGUGGGGAUGGCAGUGCCACAAGCAGGGGGUGGAAGUGGUGCUGGGGCACAAAGGAGGGGGGUCUCCAGGCUCUGCCCUGCUCUGAGGACGAGGGCAGGAGCACAGAUUUCCCUGCUGUGAGCAGCCCAAUCCCACAGCCUGUUCCCAGUGCCCAUGGGCAGAGGGGAUGUUUGGGAUUUCCCACUCCCUGGGGAUUUCCCAUGCCCUCCAGCACAGCCACACAUGGGGGCUGCUCCCCAUGAACAGCUCCCAGGGGGGUUGGAGUGACCCGGUGUCUGUGCAGGUUCAGCAGCUUCGUGUCCGAAAUGUUUUCCCCUCGCGUGAGAUGUGUCGUCUGCUCAGUGGAUGCUCCCAACGUAAUAAAUGUUUGCAGCUAA